ACCACGUCAACGUAAAAAACAAAAAAAUAAUCGCGAUUAUGAAAUUUAUACAUAUGACGGUUAUUACAAUGAUGGCGGUGGUGAGAACAACACAACGCCAUCUGACAAUAAAAAACAUAAACAAAAUGUUGAACAUCGACAUUCGAAUCAUGAACGAAAUAAUACGAGCAAUGUUCAGAGUGAUGAGAACACUGAACAAAUUAAUUCGGAUGAUCCAAAUCGGCCAUUUUUAGUCAUACACACCGAUCCAAAUAUUAUGAAACGUGUUCGACGACGUGCACUCGAUUGUUCCGGUGCAUUAAAAGGGCAAUGUUGUAAACAACGAUUUUAUGUGAAUUUCACCGAUUUGGGUUGGUCCGAUUGGAUACUAGCGCCACAAGGUUAUUAUGCUAACUAUUGUAUGGGCUCUUGUAAUAGUGUGCAUCGUACACCGGAUACAUUCCUUAAUUAUUACACGCAUGUUAUUUACGAAUAUCAAAAGUAUGGUGAUUUAAAAGGAUUACAGCCGUGUUGUGCUCCAGUGAAGUUUAGUUCAACAAGUUUAAUAUAUUUUGGUCCUGAUUCAAAUAUUAUUAAAAGGGAUUUACCAAAAAUGACUGUUGAUGAGUGUGGAUGUCCUUAA